GUCGGGCAGCUACAUGGUGCUCAAUUUUUCAAGAUGUCGUCGCUCGAACAGAGGUUGUCUCGAAUCGAAGAGAAGCUAAAGCUUGAAAAUGAAGAAGCUCGCCGGAAAAUUGACAUCAAAAUCGACAUGAGUCCGCAGCGGUCACGGCCGAGGCCAAUCAUCGUGAUCCAGCUCAGUCCUGCUCCAGCCCCCUCCCAGCGUGCAGCUCUGCAGCUUCCACUGGUCAACGACGGCGGCAGCCGCUCCUCAUCCUCAGAGAGCUCGCCUCAGCACCACGCCUACCCCAGCCGCCCACGACACAUGCUCACCCUACCUACGCCUCCUUAUGGCCUGCAGAAGAGCCUCGAGAAUGUGGAAAUUGACCAGAAGCUGCAGGAGAUCAUGAGGCAGACGGGUUAUCUGAAGAUUGAUGGUCAGCGGUAUCCAGCUGAAGUCACUGACCUCAUCAGCGAGGGAGAGAUCGGCAGUGGGACGUGUGGACAGGUCUUCAAAGUCCGUUUCAAGAAGACGGGCAACGUCAUCGCUGUUAAGCAAAUGCGUCGUACCGGAAACAAGGAUGAAAACAAGCGUAUCCUCAUGGACCUGGAUGUGGUGCUGAAAAGUCACGACUGUCCUUACAUCAUUCAGUGCUACGGCGCCAUAGUCACCAACACGGAUGUGUUCAUCGCCAUGGAGCUGAUGGGAACAUGUGCAGAGAAGCUGAAGAAGAGGAUCCAGGGCCCCAUCCCAGAGCGGAUCCUGGGGAAGAUGACAGUCGCAAUAGUGAAAGCAUUGCUGUACCUGAAAGAGAAACACGGCGUCAUCCACCGCGACGUCAAACCUUCAAACAUCCUCAUCGACGCUAAAGGUCAGAUCAAGCUGUGCGACUUUGGCAUCAGCGGCCGCCUGGUGGAUUCAAAGGCAAAGACUCGCAGUGCUGGCUGUGCUGCCUACAUGGCGCCUGAGAGAAUAGACCCUCCAGAUCCCACCAAACCUGAUUAUGACAUCCGAGCAGACGUGUGGAGUCUGGGCAUUUCUCUGGUGGAAUUGGCCACAGGACAGUUUCCCUACAAGAACUGCAAGACAGACUUUGAGGUUCUGACCAAAGUGCUGCAGGAAGAUCCUCCUGUUCUUCCUCUCAGCAUGGGAUUCUCUCUCGACUUUCAGUCCUUUGUCAAAGACUGCCUCACAAAGGACCACAGAAAACGGCCAAAAUACCACCAGCUGCUGGAGCACAGUUUCAUCCGGCGCUACGAAGUGCUGGAGGUGGACGUGGCGGGCUGGUUUCAGACGGUGAUGGAGCGAACAGAGUCGCCGCGCAGCAGCCAGUGUUACAGCCAUCAACACAUGCUCCACUCACUCCUCAGCAGGUAGCCUAGCCUCGGCCGUCCCGGUCUCAGCCGGGCCGAGCGCCGGACUAGACUAGCCGCUUCACGCAGGCUCGGCCCGCUCUAGUCCAGCUGCUCACAGCUACGCCCGGCUCCAGACCGGACCCGCCCGUCCGCCGGGGAACCCGACGAGCCCAUAGAAAAAGCAAAGACUCAGCAGAGGACUCUAGAGGGACAGAUGGAGCGAUGGACAGCGAUGUGCUAAUGGAUGGAUAGACGGUCAUUUUAUUAUUGAGUAAUGUGUAGAGUUUGGAUUAGCAGGAGAGGAAACGCACGCUAGCUAGCUUCACUCAGACCGCACCACACCGACCAUCUCCUGUGUGUUUCCACAUUUCCUCCACAUUUAGCUCUUUUGUUUUCUGAUUGUCGGUGGAUCGAUCAGCAGAGUAGUCACUACACACUGGAAAAAGACGUUUGCUAGGUUAGUGAAAUCCUUUUCACACACAGACUGCAAGGAGAGCAAAAUGAGAAAUCUUCAGGUGUUUCUACUGUCAUUCAUUCUCAGGCUCUACUUUAGUCUAAAUAAUGUUUGUCUCUAUUUAGUGAACAAAUAUCAGCUUUUAUAACCAUGUUUUCAUCCUCCAUCACUGCAGCUCUAACCCCCGUCAUCUAUAUUUUCAUCUAUAUACGGAUUCUAGACUUUCUAACUUUCUAUUCAAUAUAUAAUUACGCUAGAUGUUUUUUUUUUUUAUUGCAUAUUUGGGAAAAACAAAAAGUUGUACAAAAAAAAAAUUAGUGUUGCAUUGUAGCUUUUUAGACAUAUUUGUCUUUGGUUUUUGCAACACGUUUAUCAGAAUGUUCUUUAGAGAAGGAUGAGGGCGGUUGGAUUCUGGGAAGUUUGUUUAGGAAUAUAAGAGAAGGCAAACAGGAGAGAUGGAGUUAAAACGGACGGUAAGGCAGGGAGCGCGGAUUAUAUCUUCUUCCAAACAUCAGUCUGUUCGUCUACCUCUUCCCCUUUUUGUUCAGUCUGCCUCAGCUGUUGAGCAAGGCGUAGAUUUAUCAGACCAAAGGCUGCGUGCAGUUUGAUGACGGGAGCGUAGGAGACGGUGCAGCAAGUUUUAGGUGUUAGGAAUUAAACCAGUAAGUUGUCUUUAUAGAGCCGCUGGGAGGGAAUGUCAAUCUAGGAAUCUGGUUUCCAGCCAAAGUCCCAAUUCUGCAAUAUCAUGUCCCAAAAAAAAAAAAAAAAAGAGUAAUAUUUGAACCUUUUUUAAAAGA